AUGGGGCUGAUAAUUGAGGCAGCAGCACUAAUUAGUGUGAUUCAGGCAUGGGUCAUGUUCAUGCACCAGAGAGCUGUUCGUCGUGCUGGAAGACCUUUGAUCCGCUAUUGUCCAUUGUUUAUCCGGGAACAGGAGAGGACCCAAAAUUUGAACUACAUCUACAACUGCAAUGACGUUGAGGCUCUGUGGAUGCUUCGAAUGAAAAGAGCACCAUUUUCCAGGCUUGUCGAGACCUUCAGGAGCAGGGGCUGCUACAAGAUAACAUCAACACCAAGGUUCAGGGUCAUUCACAAUACGUUCAGGAGAUCAAUGGAGACCAUCUCUAGGUACUUCAAGCAAGUGCUUUUUGCUAUUGGGGAUCUUAGAGGAGAGAUGAUCAAUAUACCAUCUGGCCAGACUCCACCCAAGAUCUGCGGAAGCCCAAGAUGGUAUCCAUACUUCAAGAAGUUCACAUAUGUGCUGGCUGGCUGGGAGGGGUCAGCGCAUGAUGCUAACAUUCUCAGUGACAGCAUGAGUCGACCUGAUGGGAUCAACAUCCCCGACGACAAGUUCUACUUUGGAGAUGUUGGCUAUGCAUGUCAGCUGGGUAUUCUUCCACCCUUCAGGAAAACCAGGUACCAUCUCAACGAUUUCUCUGGUAGGAACUAUCCUAGGACUGCACAGGAGCUGUUUAAUCUCAGACACUCCAGCCUUAGAGUAACUGUUGAGAGGGCAUUUGGAGCUCUGAAGAAUAGGUUUAAGAUCCUGGAUCAGAAGUCAUUCCACCCAUACUCCACUCAGGUUAAGCUUGUUCUUGCUUGUUGCAUUCUGCAUAAUUGGAUCCUCCAGUGCGGCUUUGAUGAACACGUGCCUGAGGAGGAAGAGGUCGAGCCUGACGAUGUUGUUAGCUCCGGCCAUGGUGUGGAGACAUUUGACAAUGACGCUUGGAAGAACAAAAGGUUGGAGUGGGCAGAGGCAAUGUGGCUUAACAGAGGUCAGUGCAGGAUUUGA